AUGAAAGAUACUAAAGAAAUAUGUGAAUUUAUUCCAUCAACAAAUUCAUUAUCUUUUGAUAAUCUUUCAUACUUGAGUUUAUUGAUUCCACAACAACAACAAUCUCCACAUUUACUUACUUCAUUUAAUAAUGCUGCACAAUCAACUAGAACAAUAUCAAAUACGAACAAGCGAUCAUCACUAUUAUAUGGUUUAUUUGGGCGACAUUCAUCAAAAAAAAGAGUACCAAUUGUUAAGCAAUCAUUGAAAACUUCGCAACAAGAAAAUAAGAAAAGAAUUAUUAGUGGUGGGGAUCAAGUUAAACUUUCAUCCACGAAAAUAAUUCAGAUAGAACAACCAUAUCCAUCAAAACAUCAGUAUAAUAAUAUCAAUCAGAAAAAUACAAAUAAUGAAAUUAAAUAUUCAUUUCAAGGUUUACGCUAUGAUUUUAAACAACUGACAAGUACAUCAAGUAUUAAUUCAUCCGAAAUCAAACAAUCAUUCAAAGCAUCUACUAAUGAUCCACCUGUAAUACAAGAUAAAUCUUUAGCAUCAUUAUCCGAUGCAGCAUCAAUGCGACUACAUACUAAUCAAGAAAAACAAAAUAUUCAAAGUGCACAUACUAUUAUUGAUAUACCAAAAAUGAAACCUACUAUUAAUACAUUAGAUAAAACAUUAUUUAAUCCUCAUCAACAUAAAUAUAAUGUACAGACACCUUCGUAUCAUUAUUCGAAACAUCUUUCAGCAAUUGAAGUACUUGCAAAGAAAUAUGCAUCAUCAAUAACUCCACGAAAUAGUACUGGACUCUCCUGGUAUAGUGCUAAUCAUCAAACAAUGAAUAAAACAACGUUAUUUUCUAAACGUGAUAGUAUUUUAAAAGAAAAUCAACGAAUUGAUUCAUCUUCCGAUAGUCGAGAUACGUCCACUUCAUCUAAUUCAUCAUCAUCAUCGAAUACUAGCACAAAACGAAUAUCAAAUAAAGCGUCUUCAAGUUCAUCAACAGAUUCAAUAACAUCUAGUUCAAAUAGUACCGUAUCCAGUUCUCAAACUGAACAACAAAUAAGUAAAACAAAAAAUAGACAUUAUAAUCGCAACCAAAAUGAUAAUGAUGAUCUUAUUCGAAUUGAUUUGAAUUCAUCUACAAGUCGAACUUCAACAUCAACAAGUUAUACCUACUAA